AGCCAAGCAACAAGCCCCUUCACCCCCACCAGUGGCCGUUAACCACUCCUGCCUUCAACAACAACACGACCACAACAAACACCUCACCACCACCACCCACAACAGCAACAACAACACCAACAUGCCUCCUCUCCACCCCUCGCGCACCUCGAUCCGCCCCAGCAUGGCGCCCUCCAAUGCCAAGGCGCGACAGGUAUCGCAUCUGACCAGCCAGCUCGCGCAGCUACAAGCGAACCUUGCCGACCUCGAAGACAUCGCGCGCGUCACCGCCGUGCAGGCGGAGAACAUUAAGGUGUUGGGGAGUCUCAACUGCGCCAUGUUAAUGGCCGCGUCGAAAGUCCUGGGCGAGACCGGUAUCGGCCAUGGAAAGCCGAGUCCGGCGGCGAGGGGCGGUAAGAGCGGACAUGCGGAGGAUGAUGAUGGAGACAUGGAAAUGGCGGAUUGAUAGACGCGUACCACACCUCUGCCUGCUGGUCCCGCACUUUCUUGCCCGCACUCACAGCGCAGACAGAUAGACGGUGGUACUAUGCCGACUCUUCUCUACAUACUCGCUUCUGGUCCAGGCUCAAUUCGCAGCGCACGACACUAGGAGGCACGCAACGUGACGAACACACGCAAGCUAUUACAAAGUGGCUGCAGGUGUCGGAGAGUACAUAGAGUGGAAGGUUGCGAGUCUGUAGCUAUAUAGCUCUGUGGCCGACGAUGAAGCUCGCAAUCUACGAACGUCGCCCAUCAAUAGCUGUACAUAUCUAUUGCAGCUCACUAUAGUCGUCUCCUCCAAUCGUAGGUGGAAUUGGGUCCGAGGUGGGGGUGAUAGAUGUUGAAAUAUCGUGCU